AACCAACAAAACCAUGUAAACUCAAUACACAGAAUUCCCCCUUCUCCCUCCUCCUCAUACACAUGCUUAAACCAUGUCCAACCCUCUACCACCACCACCACCACCUUCAACCCACCACCAUCAACACCAACCACUGAACAUCAUCACACCAGCCACAACCUCGGCGACCACCAUGACCUCCGCCCCGAACCGUGAAUACCGCAAAGGAAACUGGACAAUCCAAGAAACCCUAACACUCAUAACAGCCAAAAGACUAGACGACGAACGGCGUGCCAAACCUUCCACAAGCUCACCUUCAAAACCAGGAGAAUUAAGGUGGAAAUGGAUCGAAAACUAUUGCUGGGACCAUGGCUGUUUCCGUAGCCAAAACCAAUGCAACGACAAAUGGGAUAACCUACUCCGUGACUACAAAAAGGUCCGACAGUACCAAUCCUCCCACUCUCAAUCCCAAUCCUCCCAUCCCUUCCUCUCUUACUGGUCCAUGGAAAGACACCAACGUAAGCUCCAUAACUUGCCCACCAACAUGUCUCCUGAAGUCUUCGAAGCCCUCAACGAUGUUCUUCAAAGAAAACUCAACACCCAACAACAGCCCCACCUCCACCAACCUUCUUUUUCUCAAUCACCUGAGCAACUGCCUCUCAAGACUGACCAGAACCCACCGGAGGUUGAUGCUCCGGUAACAGUUUCAGAGGAAUCAGAUUCUUCAGAGACAGAGUCAAGUGAAAAUCUGGAUUCCAAGACCAAACGCAAAAAAGUUAGGAAAAUCGGUUCAAGCAUAAUGCGAAGUGCUUCGGUUUUGGCUCAAACCCUUAAAAGCUGCGAAGAGAAUAAAGAGAAACGGCACCAACAAGUGAUGGAACUCGAACACCGUCGACUCCAAAUCGAAGAAACUCGAAACGAAGUCAACCGAAAAGGUAUUACGGAUCUGGUUGCCGCCAUGACCAACUUAUCUGGAGCUAUUCAAUCCCUCAUCGCCAACCAUUAGGAUCAAACGUAAUAACUUUUUUUUUCUUUUUACUUUCCCCAAAUUAUUUGUAGACUUUGCUCAAUUCUUUCUUUAAUCAUAUUUAAUUAUCAUCAUUGUUAGCAUUCGCUAUGUAAUAUUUGGUUAUUUAUUUACUAACUCUUUUUAUUCAUUAAUUCUAGCUAGUUUUCUUUUUUCCUUUUUAAA